GAGCAGCUAGCUCAAUUUCAUGGCUGAACAGGCAGCUGACAUUCCAGUUAGUUACAGCAGCUCCUCCACUUCACCAACCAGCAGCAUCUGGGAGAGCCAACAGAUCAUGCAAAUCCACGCACCACUCCCCUCAUGGAGCCCCCACAACGGCACGCUCCUUGUCGCCGCUACCACUGACCCUGUAGCCUUCUCCAUGGUCCCUUCGUCAUCGUCCCGCUCGCACCUGCCGAGCGGGCAUCUAUGGAAUAACACUGUCCUCAAUACCAGAGCUCAUGGGAGCAGCAGUGAGCAUGGUGGGGGCAACGGCCAUGGAAAGGACUUUCUUUCCUUGCUUGAAGCGAGGAAGGUGAUGCCAGAGAUGCUCGAUGAUUUCCCCGCUGCGGCAUGCGACUACCUCAAAGGCAUGGACAGUGGUGACUACAGCAGCAUGGCCGGAUCAUCUACCUACGGUUUGGACAGCAGUGGCCCAUACACUGGCUCCAGUCCUCCGCUCACCAGGCAUGACGAGGUUCUGAAAUCUCCACCAGUGUACCUGGGGAACAGUACUUUGGUGCAAGGGAGCGUGAUGGGCUUCAUGCCAAGCCAGAAUCAUGAGGUACAACAAGAUGGUGACCAGCAGCAGGAGCUUGGAGCUCCCACUGGGACAUUUCUGCACCAAAUGAUUCCUAGUAGUGGUGCGAUUCAUGGAAGCUCUCUGGGUUAUUCUGGCUCUGGGAAUGAAAGGGUUUUUCAUGAGUCCGGAGAAAUGCAGGUUUCUUUUGAUGCUUUGAGUUCGUUGGAUGCUAUCUCUUUUAGUGGCUACAGAUCAAACAAAGAAUUGACACAUAGCAGUCAAUAUGAGCAACAUACUAUAUCGGUGCAGCCAAAGGCAAGGACUAGUAGUAGAAGUGCAAGUGGCGCUGCAGGUGAUCCUAAGAAGAGAAAAUCAGAAGAAAAUUUGGGAGGCAAUGGAAAGAAGUCGAAGCAAGAUACUUCAAUUACGUCACCUCCCAAGGCAGAAGUGCCUAGCGUGAAGUUGGGAGAGAGGGACAAGAUCAUAGCAUUGCAGCAGACCAUCUCACCGUAUGGAAAGUUGCAUUUUGUCAGACGGAUAGGGCAUCAGUGUUGUCUGAAACCAUCAAGCACAUCGAAUAUCUACAUGAGCAAAUACAGUUACUUAGUGAACCCUACAUGGAGCAUAUCACAAAUAAGGCGCCCUUUCAAUGGGGAGGUAAAGAGGAGCAGAAGGCAGAGCAUGAUUUGAGAGGUAGAGGGCUGUGCUUGGUUCCUGUUUCGUGCACCCCACAAGUUUUCCAGGGUAAUAGCCUGCCGGAUUGCUGGAUGCCGGCGUACAAGAGCCCCCUUUACCGAUGAUCUCGACAGUUGCGUGUUUUGCUCAUCAGCCUGUGAUUGUGACACUGACGGAUUGGUUGGGCCGUUAAUGGGAAGCCGAUU